UUAAGUUUACUAACGUAUUGAAUAGAGGAUUGUCAAUACUUUUUCGUGCUUAUAAAUCUUGGAAUUAUUUCUACAUAUUAUAGUUACAUGAAAAACUUUAUAUUUUUCUCGAAAUGAUUCAAAAAUAUUUUGUUACAUAUCGUCCUUUCGAUGUGGCAACGCUAAGAGAAAAAUAUGUGUAUUGGCGCAUACUCAUUGAUCUUUGUAAUCCAAUUUAUUAAGUAUUUGAUGGGUAUAGAUUGUAAAGUAUAAUAAAAACAAAUUAAAAAAAGAUUUCAUUCAUUUACAUUGUGGUUUUACAUGAAAUAUAUCAACAUAUAGAAGAAUUUUUCGAUUUGAUUUGUAACCCAAAGUAAGAAAUUGCGAUGUUUGGAAAUUUAAAUAAACCUAACUUUGGGGCCGCUGCUCCUAAUACAUCGUUCGGAUUUGGAGCAUCUACUGCAGCAACAGCCAAUCCGUUUGGAACAAAUCAAUUAUUUGGAAAACCAGCUAACACUUUUGGUAGUCCUUCAACUUCAGCAUUUGGACAACCUUCAGGAACGUCACUGUUUCCUUCGACACAAGCUCAACCAACAAAUUUGUUCCAAAAUGCCAACACUGGAUUUGGAACUCCCGUUUCUACACAACCUUCAGCAUUUGGAUCAACUGGUCUGUUUGGACAACAGCAACAGCAGCAGCAGGCAGCUUCUAGUGGCUUGUUUAAUACAUCUUCAACAUUUGGUCAACAAAACAAACCAGCAGGUUUUGGAUUUGGUGCCCAACCUGCACAGCCUAGCUUAUUUGGUCAACAAGCUGCACAGCAACAAAGUACAAAUAUAUUUCAACCUUCUACGACCAAUUUAUUUGGUUCCUCAACUGCUUUUGGUGCACAGGCAACUGGGACUGGCAGUGUCAAAUUCAAUCCAGUUACAGGAACUGAUACUAUGAUGAAAAAUAGUGUCGCAACAAGUAUUAACACAAAACAUCACAGUAUCACCUGCAUGAAGGAAUAUGAAAACAAAUCUUUUGAAGAAUUGAGAUAUGAAGAUUAUUUAGCUAACAGAAAAGGACCACAACAACAAGGUGCAUUUGGCACAACACCAUUUGGUGGAACAGUAUCCUCAGCUCCAUCGCUGUUUGGACAACCUGAUGCUUCUAAACCCGCUUUUACCAGCUUUGGACAAACUGCGCCAGCAUUUGGCCAGAGUUCAGGUUUUGGAAUGGCAAAUCAGCAACAACCAACUGGAGGUCUGUUUGGAAAACCAACAACAGGGUUCGCCGCAACCACAAGUACUCCUUCUCUUAAUUUUGGAUUUGCCAAUAAUACACAAACAAAUAAUCCCUUUGGAGCUACACAGCAGCCUAAAACUUUUGGAACUGCAACUCCAUCUAUUUUUGGUACAAAUACAGCUACAACACAAUCAGCUUUUGGAACAGGAGGUGGACUUUUUGGUCAGACAAACACACAAAACACAGGUGGAUCUAUUUUUGGUAAACCAGCCCAACCUACUGUUGGUGCUUUUGGUACUAAUCAAACUCCAAAUUUUUCGUUUUCUACAACUACCCCAACGCAAGCUUCAAGUUUAUUUCAACCUAACAAACCCUUAUUUGGACAAACAAGUGCAACUCCAAGCUUUGGACAGACUAAUACCUUUGGAACUAAUACUUUUGGUAGUACACUAGGUAAACCUGCAGCACCUGCCUUUGGAACUAAUGCCACUCCCGCUUUUGGUAGUACUCUGGGCACAAGUUUGCAAACUCAGUCAACGUCACUUUUUGGAAAUAAUGCUGUUAAACCAGGAGGAUUUUUCAGCACUCCUUCUACUGGAUUGAAUUCAUUUGGUGGCAACACUUUCCAAACAAACACUGGAUUCAACUUACAAUCUCAACAGAAUCAACCAACGAUGUUUUCUUCUGUAGAACAACAGCCUUCUACAAAUCUUGCAAUGUUAACAGCAGAUCCAUUUGGAGAUGCGCCUCAUUUAGCCGGACUAGAACCCAAACUUAAGACAAGUACUCAUUCAGUAUCGGCUACUGAUCCAAAAGAAUUGAAAUCUCUACUUGAUGCUUCUAAGAAAGUUAACAGUUCCAGUGCAUCAAAACUGAAAGUGGUACCAAUUAGAAGUGUAAAGGAUAGUUUAUUUGAAGGGGUAUCACCUACAUUAAAUGACAGUCCUAAAGAUUAUAUAAAAACUAACUGCAGACGUUUGGUACUUAAAUCUCGUCCCAGUUCCACAGAAAGUAAUUCUUCCCCUGUUUUAAUGAGGAUGGAUAUAUUAAAACAUAUUAAUUCAUCCUGUAAUGAUGAAAACUUCAAUCCUCAAGCAAAUAGAAAUGAGAAUGUCCAGUCCGAAAUAACGAAAUCUCCACUUAGAUUGAAUUUCAGUCACACUGUCAAUAGCGAUUCUAGUCUCGCCUCACAAAGUUUCUUAUUGGAUAGUUCGAUCAAAAAUAAUUCACAAGAAAAUGAUACAAAGACUAACAAGGUUAUGGUGGACAUUGAAGUGGACUCUGAGCUAAUAGACCCUCAAGGCUCUGGGGACGGUCCCAAGACAUGUUAUCCUUGUAAUAUAAUUUGUACACGUCCGGAAUAUUACACUCUACCUCCUCCUGAAGAACUGUCUAAAUAUGUCGACGAGAAUGGUAAAUGUAUAGUAAAAGGAUUCACGAUAGGCCGAAAAGGUUAUGGAAAUGUUUACUAUCCUGAUGAAAUGGAUGUGACAGGUUUAAACAUUGAUGAGUUGGUGCAUUUUAGAUACAGAGAAAUUAAUGUUUAUCCUGAUGAUGAUAAGAAACCACCAAUAGGACAGGGUCUAAAUCGCAAAGCGCAAGUAACAUUGGACAAUGUCUAUCCAAGAAAGCCAGGAACUAAUAUUCUAAUAAAAGAUGUUCAAGAAUUACAGCAGAUGAAUUUCGCCGAGAAAUUGCGUAAAAUAACCGUAAAUAAAGACGCUAAAUUUGUGGAUUAUCGACCAGAGACAGGUUCGUGGGUAUUUAAAAUAGACCAUUUCUCUAGAUAUGGUUUUGAUGAAAGUGAUGAAGAAACUGCACAAAUCAAUCAUAAAGACGACGAAAAGAAAAUACCGGAGACCGCAUUAAAACCUAAUUCUGCCGUUAUUGCCAAGAAACCAAUAGAAAAUGAAAUAACAAAGAAAUCAACACAAAAAGAAGAAGAAAAAAAGUUAUCAAAAUUUGGAUUGAAUGAAGAUGACGAAGAAGAUCUUAUAGAGACUUCCAUGUAUGUUGACAAUAUUUCUGAAGACGAUUAUCACAUGAUACCUUUACAUAUUCCACAUGAUCCUUUUACAUCCAGCAAAAGUAUACAAGUUAUGAAAUCGACUUUAUUUGCUGAUGAUGAUAGAUCGUCGGAUGGUAGCGGUAGCCACGUCUCUAUAGUUAGACAAUAUUUAGAUAUUCCUGAUGAAAUCAGAAGAUUACCUGUGGUCCGAGAAGAAGAAGUUAUGCCUCGGAAGAAGAGGAUCAUACCGAGACCUAAAAUAGAUAAAGUUUAUAAUUUCAAAGAAAAAUAUGUGGACUUGGAUUUGCAUCAAAUGAGAACGUAUCAAGAAUUGGGUGUUUUUAAAGGAAAAUCCUUUAAAGUGGGAUGGUCUAAAGGUUGCAAAUUUUAUAAUUUAGUCCCAAAAUCCGAAGGGGGAACGCAAUUAGUUCUUAGCGAUGUUAAAUGUGGAACAAAUCAAAAGUUUGUCGCAAUUAAUGAAAUUUUGAAUGAAUCUUUGCAGAUUGUCUUAGAAGAAAGUAAUUACACUAGAGACAAUAAUAAAAUACCAACAUAUAAAAUUGCAAAAAAUCAUUCUUAUUUAAAGAAACAAUCUAAAUUAUUUUCAAACUUACUCGAUAAAUGUAGUAGUAAUAAAGAAAUGAAAUAUUUACAUAGUUGUUGGACUUUGGCGGAAGCCCUUUGGGGACCCACCGAAAAUACAGUAUCUAACAGAAGACACCUUUUGAGUGAAUGGUUAAAAGUAAAUACAGAUUAUUGCAAAAUUCAAACAAACGAUUCUGCCAAGGACAUUUUUGAUAAUCUUACAAUUUUUAAAAUCAACGAAGCAGCAAAUGUAGCAUUGGAAAAAAGAUUCCCCAAUUUAUCAUUAAUAAUAUCGCAAUUGAGUCUUACAAAUAGAACAAAAACGUUUUUACAAGAACAAAUUGAAAGUUGGUAUAAAUCCAUGAGUUCGGAUCAUAUCAGUAACACUAUGAAAAAUAUUUAUCUACUUCUUUCUGGUACGCCUGUAAAAGAUGACAUAAACAUUUUUGAGAAUAUUGAUUGGAAGAGAGCUUUUGCUAUGCACAUGUGGUAUGUUUCACCAUUAGGAGCUCCUGUUGAAAUGGUAAUAGAAUUGUAUAAACAAGCUUUUGAAGAAUAUGGUUAUGCGGAGAGACCAGAUCCACCUUACAGAACUGAUUAUGAGGAGAACGGUACAUUUGAUUUGCUGUAUCACAUUUUAGUACUUUACCAGUCAAGAGUGCAUCGUUUAAGUACUGUACUUAAUUCUGCAACGCAUACUGAUGAUUAUCUCGAUUAUUGGUUAAGCUGGUUAUUGUUGCAACUGUUUCUAUCUUUGGACAUUGGUAUAAUGGACGAUGCCGAAAAAACUAAACUUUGUACAAGUUUUUCGAAUCAAUUAGAAUCUUUGGAUAAAUGGGAAUGGGCGAUAUUUGUUCUACUUUAUUUGGAAGAUAAUACUUUGAAAGAAUAUCUUGUUAGGAAUAUAUUGGACCGUAAUCUUUCUCCCGACAUUGAUAAAAAAAUAAUAAAAUCCGAACAUAAUUUAGUGAAUAAUAUGCAUAUACCCGCUGAAUGGAUACAUUCAGUAAAAGGUGAAAAAACGUUAUCCUCUAAAAGAUAUUUAGAAGCAUUCAAUCAUUUUGCUUAUGCUAAAGAUGUUUGCAAAGCCAACAAUAUUCUUGUCGAACAUCUAUUACCUUCUCUUUUCAUUAACGAACAAUACGAUAUCAUUAAAUCUCUAAUUGGUGAAAUCGAAGAGGGAGCCGAAUAUAUAGAAAAUUGGUCGAUAGAAGCGGGACUAUUUAAAGAUUUCAUCGAUUUACAAGAACGAUAUGUUACCUUCGACGACAAUUUAAAGAUACAAAUGAGUUUGCAAACUAUUGGUAAUCGAAUAGCGGCUUUUAUUCCUAAAAAUAAUUUACAGAAAUUAUGCGUAGCUGAAAUGUCGAAACGUUGCGCUUCUGUUUAUAAAGCCUUUUGUAAAAAAACUCAUUCUACUUUUUAUAAAAAUUCUUAUUUGGAAUUUAUCGAAUGUUUGAAUAUGCCUCCGGAUUUUAAACAGAACGAAGCUUUAUAUCUAAUUAAUGAAAUAGGCGCAAACUGUUGAUGAUUUUUAGUGUUGUUUUAAAAAUAAGUGCCUCCUAUCGAAAAACAUUUUAUUUCUACUAUAUAAUAAUAAUAGGUAUAGAUGAAACGAACCGAAAUAUGUAGGUGAUGUGUCGUUAAAGUCAUUUUGUGAAAUAUUGUCAAAAGUUGAUUUUCAUUUUAUAAAAAAAUCCGAUUAAAAUAAUUGUUAUUAGUCUAUGUUUUUUUUAUUUGAUUAAAGUAUACACAUUUAUCUAACA